UAUUUUCCCAACAGUUUGACUCCAGUGUUUUGAAUUCAGCUCUAGUAGAAAUGAAACAAUUCAUACUAUUCACAGUAAUAUGUGUAUUGGGCGCUGAGGCUCUCGUAAAUCGCACACCUAGAUUAAUCAACGGGCACAGUGCUCCUCAUCAGCCUUACAAUGCUUAUGUGCUGUACCUGAACGCCCAAAACUCUGGCUUCUUCGGGGGCGGCUCAAUCAUCUCCGAUCGUCACAUUGUUACAGCCGCGCAAAACAUUCUCGGAUUUACUAGAUGGGAUGUUGGACUUGGAUCAAACAUCUUCACUCAACUGUCCACAAUCACAUCCACCACGGCGACUUCUCAUCCAAACUUCAAUUCUGCCAAUAGAGCGAAUGAUAUUGGCAUCAUCACAUUACCCAAUCCUCUUGUGUUCACGUCGACAAUCGCUCCGAUAGCGCUUCCACCUUUAAAUAACGCGCUUGUGUUGCCAUUAGAAAAUGAACAAGGAACCAUUGUAGGAUUCGGCUUCACAUCAGCAGCAUCUACUACCAGGGCAGACUUCCUUAUACGAUCAUUCCAACGUGUCAUAGCUGAUGCACGUUGCCAACAAGUGUACCAGAUCACCCUACCGAAUCAUUUCUGUGCCGAAGACACAGUUGAAACAUCAAAUGUGUGUAAUGGAGACAUAGGAGCAGGAUUCGUAACGAAUGUACGAGGUAACGCCAUGCUCACCGGCGUGGCUUCGUUAAUUACUCACAGUUGUGACAGCCAGAACCCAUCCGGAUACAUUCGUAUACACACCUACAGACAGUGGAUUCAAACUGUCACCCAAGUCUGAUUUUCAAAAUCGGAAUGAAACUGUGAACAUUCGUGAUGUGAAUAGAAAAUAACCUGUUUAAAAAAACGUUAAA